AUGGCCUCUCCUCUGCGCAGAUCCACGCGUGGCAGCAGAAACACUGAUGCCUCGGCCACCACACCAGAGCCAUCCACCGUCUCACCAUCAAUUUCGCCUACAAAAGCCGAUCGAAAGCGAAAGCGUGUAGACGAUUCCACCGAGCUCAAUGGAGCAAAUGGUCAUGAUUCCGAGGUAGCAUCCAGCGCUGGUGCGGGAGAUGCUGACGACUCCAAAGGCCCGAUGACGACAAUGGCGACAAUGCUGAAAAACGCUGACACCGUAAGUCAAGCUUCCAGGUCACACAGGCCACAGCUGCCAAAGAAGAUUCAGGCGCUCCUCGGCUUGUCGAGUCCAUCCACCACAUCGUCGCAUACAUCAAAAUGCUUGCCAGACGACCUAGACUCAGCUGCUCAGAAGGCGAAAGAGCUCGUGCUCAGUGAGGACGACGCUCACAAACUCACUACCAUAAUUGCUGCGUUGGACGGUGCCGAUCUCAUCACCCUUGCCCCUCAAGCCUCUGUCAAAGGCAAGCUAUGCAGUACGAACGGCUCUUCUGAUCUUACGCUUACGCUUCAACACAUGCUGCGCCCGGGUACAUCUUUACGCAAGCUUAGCGCGUAUCUAAAAACCCUCCGCGAGCCGCUGCUCGCCAACUCCGACCUUUCUCGGCAUGCCAACGCCGGCCAAGGCGAAACACUAUCUCCACAAACCUCGAAGGAUCUUGCUACACUCUCCACCCUCACGCUUGUCCUCGGCCUUGUCGAUCAGCUCGCAUCACGCUUGCGUCAGACAGAUUCAAGUACCAACGCGUUCAAAGGUCAGAUUUUGGGAUCGUUCGUCGAGCUAAGAGCCAAGUCGUUGGAGGCCAAGACUGCUCGCAAGCAUGGCAGGACGGAUGCUGGUGCUAUCACCAUCGAUACAGAACCCACAAGCAUCAGUUCCAUCCGCUCCGAUGAUGCAGUGUCACCUGCGAACAGAUUUGCCCUGCACAUGCGACUUCCGCGAGGAGACUUUUUCACCAAAGCCAUCGCCCUUGACCGAUCACAGCUCAGCCAGCUCGAUCCCGCGCAAGCUGACCUUGUGCAGAUCAGCGCGCAGAGCGAAGAACAGAUGCGCGCGCUCAAACGUCAAGGCCUUGUGCCCACCCCGACUCUUGGACAGAGACUAGGCAAGAGCAGCCAUCGUCAUCGCAUCGACCACAAACGAGCCGUGCAGCAGCGUGACAGGCUCCAACCAGUCACUUUCCUCAACUACGGCAACUACGGUUCCUUUUCACCCACCUACGACUCUUCUUCCUCGUCCAUCAGCUAUGCGACUAGCAGCAAUCUUUGGCGCCAAUCGAUUCGGGCUCAGAACUCAAUCUCUUUGGCAUGGGGCGAGCGACCCUUUGUAUUGCAUAAUGACGAAAAAGACGACGAGGAGGAGCUUGACACAGUUAUUCCCACAGAGCCACCGGCAAACCUCGACGUCGACGGUGACGUCUCUAUGGCCGCAGACCAGAGUGACGAACUGGCGGAGGCGCUGCAGAGCUUGAUACAGGGAGUCAACCCAGACGCGAUCAGUCAAAGCCUUAACAAGCUUGAUCAGGACGAGCUAAUUACCGCGCAUCUUCGCUUCAACAUGAUGUUGCUGCAUCGAUUGCAAGAGUUCCAAUGGGCGAGGCUGCGCAAGUCGUAUCAUCCUUCCGCAUCUGGUCGUUCGAGCAGAUCCGCGCUCGGCGAUGAAACUCCCAGCGCAGAAGAAGAGGCGACGGCGGCUCUCCUGUUGGAGUCCCUCACCUCGCUCAUCGCUCUGCGGCCGCAGGCGGCCGAUCUCAGCUCGAAUUCUAUCGACACUGUCAUUCCAGAUGCAGCCAAAUUGCGCGCCUUCUCGGCCAGCAGCGGCGCUAUCGACCCCGAUCUUCUUGGUGAUGUUCGCGAUGGCUUCUGGGGAGCCCUGGAUGCUAACGUGGUCAAGGUCACCAAGAGCGGAUCUGUUCUUUCUGAGACGCCUUUGGUGCUGCGCGACAACACCACAAUUCGUCUGACAGACGGCAGUGGCUCGAAAGCGAAAAAGCCUGCGCGCAGGAUCGUCGCUGGUGCUGACAUUGCCGAGGAUCACGGUCAAACCUCACUUGAGCGACUAGCCGCUAGCCGCACGUAUGACCACAAGCAGGAUCGGCAUGAUGGCGAGUCGGUUCGUGCAGAUACCACGCCAGCUGCAGGCGCUGACCAACGCUCUUCUGUGUCCAGGGCAGACAUGUCCUCACCCGCAGCACGUCCUGUAACUAUGCCGCCGAAUGCGCGUAUGCACUCGGGAUAUGGACCAAGUUCUAUUCCCGCAAUGUCAUCUCCAGCGCAGAGGGGCGUUCCAGGUCCCAAUGCUUCGUACGCAUUCGCCAGUCCGAGCGGUGGUUUGAGCUACCAGGGCCAUCCUGUGCCGCCCAACGCUCAAGGCUCUUUUGCACACUCAGUGACAAGUUGGGCUGGACACGGUCAGCCCGCGCGCCAAUAA